AAAAAAUCCCGAGAACACCCCAAAAUACCCAGAACUCUCAUCGCGACUCCCACCCCCACCUAAUACCUCCAAAAAAUGUCCUCCGAAGACGACGAACCUCUGUAAGAACCCCUUCAUCCCAUUUUCCUUUCCUACCCAAUCAUUCACACUACUAACCUAUCCCGAAAAGCGUCCUGUCAGGUGGCGCCCUCGACGCCCUCAAGGAAUUCUACGCGGAUCGCGAUGCGCUGCAGAAAAAAUUCGAGGAUCUGAGGACGGCGGCGGAGGAGGAGUAUGAGGAUGGGAAAGAAGGAAAAGAGGGGAUGAAGGUGAAGGUUUGGAGUAUGGAGGCUUUUGGGGAGGAUUGGGGGGUUAGUCAGUUUUGGGUGAGUCCUUUUUUUAUGUCACGUUUUCUUUUCUUUUCUUUUCUUUUCUUUUCUUUUUCUUUUUCUCUUUUUGUGCUGAGGUGGUGAGGAUGCGAUUCAGGGGGGUUUUUUGAGGAGAGGAGGGGGUUGUGAUGAGGAAGAGAUGGGGAAGGGGGGGUGUUUAGAGGAAAUAGAGAGAUGCUGAUUAAGAGAAUGAAUAGUACUCUGACGAAACAGCGACGAUAAUCGCCAAAGAACUCCUCGAAGGUGCUACAGCCAAGACGCAAAUCGCUGCCGUUUCAGCACCAAGUGUAUUUAUACAACUCAAGAACCAACUUGUAUAUCCCCCCUCCCUUCCCUUAUCCCUCUUUCUUCCCCCCUCGUCCCCUUUCGCUUUUCCUACGUCCAACCCCAACUUUUUCGCUUAAACAAAUGGUGGUGAAGGGCAAUGAACACCAACUAACUAAUAAUAAAAAGAAUCAAUCCCCCCUCCCUCCCUCUGAGAGACCCAAAAUCUGGCUCUUAGAAUACGACAAGAGAUUCAAAGUCUUCGCCAAUGAAUUCGUGUACUAUGAUUUCAACAAUCCGUUGAAGUUACCUCGUUAGUCACCCCUGCUCCCUCCACCUUUUCCAAUCUUCCCCUUGGAUUCUUUGAUUCUGUGGGAGAAGUGAUGAGUAUGAGAGUUUGAGAUUCUGGAUAUGAAUGUAGUUUGUCGAAUUCAAAGAGACUGACUGAUACAACAAAACAGCAACUAUGAAAUCAACAAUCACCCGCUUCAUAAUCGACCCCCCCUUCCUAAAUGAAGACUGUCAAACAAAAGGUACUUCCCUUCCCACUUCCCCCUCUUCCCUUUCCCCUCCUCAUCCCUAUCCCUUCCUCUACCACCCACCAAUCUAACAAGAACCCCCCAGCCGCACAAUCAGUAUCCUACCUCUCAAAAUCCUGGUCAUCUCCCGCACCCUCACCCUCAACAUCAACAUCCACUUUCCCAGAGACACGCCCCAAAAUCAUAGUCUGCACCGGCGAAAGAAUGCAACCCCUUAUCCACAAGAUCUACGCCCCAGUCGGCAUCCGCACCACCACCUUCCUCCCCGUCCACGACAAGGGACUGAGUAACGAGUUCUUUUGCUAUUCCAACUCUGAGGGUGAGGCGUGGAAGUUUAGGAGUGAAGAAGAAGAAGACGGAGACGGUGAGAAGGGUGGGAAGGAUGGCAAGGAAGGGGAGAGCAAGAAGGAAUGAUUUCGGUGACGAGAGUACGAGGAAAUAAACCUACGUAAGGACCGAGUCCAUGAUAGCUUAACGAGGGAAAUGCAGAAUGCAGAUAUUAAUUUACUGCACUUCAAUUCUUCUAUCAA